AUGCAUCCUCGCUCGCUAUGGACUGCUGGCGAUGUCUGCUGGCGAUGCCAAUGGCGUCUUUCAAAUCAGUACCAAAAACUUGGCCGAACACGCCGUCUUGAACUUUCUUCUGCGAAAGUUUUGCGUCUUCCGCGGCGAACUUUCCACGCCUCUGCGACUCACUCACAAUUAGCCAAUGAUUCUGCACCCGCCUCACAGCCCUUCGAUCCAGCACUCAUUCCUCGUACACCAGAGCUGUCCAUUCGCGUGCAUCUUGAACUGUGGGACGAAAAGUUUGGUGGUCCUGGUGAAGAAGUGUUGUCCGCAUUCGAAAACCAUCCCGCCCACGGCGACAUACAAAAUGGUCUGACCAAGCUGACCACCGGUGCCAAAGCGGAUGAGGAGGCGGAAGCCGAGGAGUGGGAUGAAGACGACCAAGGCGAAGAGCUGAUCACCAUUGGACUUUUUUUGAAGCCUGGAGAUGUGGUCGAACUAUCACAACCAGGCCGCGAGCCAGUUCUUGCCGUGUUCGUGCAACAACUCGCAAAUGUCAGCCAAUUCUUCUCCGCCAACGGCAGGUGGAGCCACUCGAUGCUGUCAAGAGUCUCCUUUGCCAUCCCUGGCUGCGUCGAUCCCGCCAUACUCCAACCUCUUAUUCCGUUUCUACCUACAAGCCCCGGCAUCGCCGACCCCAAAGGCGAAGUACAUGUGCCAACAGAAGCUGCCCUUCCCGUGCAGAGGAUUCUAGAGCGUCUGACUGAAGAAUCUGAGAAGAUAUAUCGUACCAAUGCCCCUGUUCUCGAUAGUGCAUACGCAGAUCUCGCAGAUGCUACUAGGACUCGCAUGAUGACUCUUACACAAAUCACCAAAAAACUGCUUGCCGGUAAACACGCAGCCUAUCAGCCAUCGCCUGCAGCACUUCUGGCAGUGCGUAAAGCAUUGAACCAUAAUGAAUUCCGCUUCAAAUCUGACGAGCGCAGCCAUCGUUUGACGAAUGUGUUUGCCAUACGGCCUAAGAACGAUGUCGAAAUCGUCGAAACAGUUCUGGAAUGGAUCCGCGAGUAUCGUGAACAUCAGGCAAUGGCUGCAACCCAGACUUUGAAACCCUCCUACAAACAAUCAAAAGGAACAAUCUACGUGGUACAAUUCCUUGAGAAAGUUCGCAGAACCAUUGCUCAGAGCCGGAAAAAUCGUGACCCAAACACUGGUUUCGUCGGGCCCAGCAAGAUUCGCCUUUCUCGUACAGAACCAUCUUCGGCUCCGCAAGUAUUCAUGGGUGAGCGUUUCAGCAGCACUGAUAAGCAAAUCAUCAAUUUUAUUCAUGCAUGGUCCCUCCCCAAGCAAUUCGCACAUAUGGCUGCAUUCCAUUCGGCAUGUGCAGGUCUCAUCAUGGCAACAGGCUGUUAUGGACCGAAGGUCUUACACAACACAGAGGGUUUGGACCAAACGUCAAAGGCAUGCAAGCGGACCACCGGCGUGUUGUUCCUCCAAGAAAUUGGGGUUAUUUCGCCGUAUGAGAAUUGUAGCCUUUACGACGAGCAGUUGAUGCUCCCCACAAUCCGCGUCUCCCGAAAUGUGGAGCUUCUCAACGCCAAAGCGGAAGUUACACGGCAAAAUCCUGAUUUCCGAGACUCCAUGGCUGAUCUACGCCGUGACUGGGGAUCAACGACCGUGUACUGUAUUGAUCCUAUUGGCGCCCAGGAGAUUGAUGAUGGAGUCUCAAUCGAGAAAAUCGACGGGUCAGACUCGGAACUCUGGUUGCAUGUGCAUGUAGCUAAUCCAACCGCCUUUUUCGACAAAACCCACACUCUGUCUGGCCUCGCUGCACAUAUGACCGAGACUGUCUAUCUCCCGGAGAGAACUUUCCCCAUGCUACCCACAUGGGUCACUCAUGCGCAUUUCAGCAUCGCUCGCAACCGGCCCGUCAUUACAUUCAGCACACGGGUGAACCGCACUGGCGAGGUGCUGGAAACCAAGAUUCAGCAUGGCACGGUUCAUAACGUCGUUAGUAAAACCCCGUCUGAGGUGGCUCGCCUUCUAGGUGAUGUAUCGACCACGGAAACACGAAGGCUCGUCGUCGGUGGCGAUGUGCCACGAGUCGAACGAGACGAUACCCCUACAAAAGUUUCUCCUGCUCAGCUUCAAGAGCUUCAAGAUCUCUACAGCAUAGCGCGGAUUUUGAGGAAGACGCGUGACGCACGCGGAGCCUUGCACCUCUGUGGCAGCACUCCGGACUUGCGCGUCUUCGAGAACUCUAACCAGCCUGGACUGACCUGGAAUUCGCCAUCGCUCGAACGCACACGUACGAUUCAAGGCGAUCCAAUCAUUGAGCUCACACAAAGAAUCCCCAAAGGAUACGUAACCACCGAGUUCAACGCAACCAACAUUGUCGAGGAAAUGAUGCUGCUUGCAUGCCAAACAGCAGCAUCCUGGUGCACCGAACGGAACAUCCCCGUCAUGUACAGAGGCACAGUCGAGAUGCCCACCGCCGAGGAGCUAUCCCCAGAAGACCUAAAACAGCAGCUCGUCCUACCCUACCUAGAGAAACACGGCGACCUCACAAGAAGCCUCGCGACGCGAUACAUCAGAUCGCUCGGCCGAGCCAUUGCCCACUCCGCGCCCCUCCCCCACAAAAUGAUCGGCGCAUCCAGCUACGUCAAAGUCACCUCCCCCCUCCGCCGCUUCAGCGACAUGAUAGCCCACUGGCAGAUCGAAGCCGCGCUACGCCACGAAGCCGAAUCCGGCACGCAGUUCGGCGCCGACCCCGCCAACCCCCGCGCAAACCCCCUCCCCUUCUCGCAGCGCCAGAUGCAAGAAUCCAUCAUCACGCUCUCCCCGCGCGAAAAAAUCAUCAAAUCCGCCUCCAACGCGUCGAACAGGUUCUGGGCCGCCCUGGCCAUGAUGCGCGCCUUCCACUACAAGGAAGCACCGCUUCCCGACCUGUUCAAGUGCUGGGUCCGCAGCGUGCCCGAGGGCAAGGGCAAGACUGCAGUUGGGUUUCGCGAGACGGUGGGGUAUCUGCCUGAGUAUGGGCUUUCGGUUGUUGUGGUCAAGGGCGAGGAGGUAAGGGUUGGUGAUGAGUGGGAGGUUAGGCUUAGGGCGGUGGAUAUGAGCUUGAAGGCUGUUUUUGUGACGCCGGUGAGGCUGCUGAAUCGUGAGGUGGAGGGGUUAUAG